AUGGAUGACCCUAAAGAGCGGAGAAGAAUCCAGAACCGCCUCAACCAACGUGCCAGCCGCAGAAAGAAGGCUAUAUUAUCUUCAAACGGUCCUGGGCCGUCGAUGAGAAAGUGGACAAUUUACGUCCCCCCGUCGCAGGAAACAGCGACAUCCAUAACCCCUAGCGAUCCCACCCAUGGGGAGAUCGACGCAGCAACCGCUCAUUUCUGCUACCUCAGCCUCGAAACACGCCAGAUAGUUUUGGAUCUAUUACAUGACCGCGUGAACAGAGGAAUAGUCUCCCGCGCACUCUCCUCCGAAUUUCUCCUCCCAGUCACGCAGUGGAACAUCAUCCGCGCCAUGGUCACCAACGCUACUACGAUGGGUCUAACUAUGGCCCUCUUAGCAGAGGAUAUCAUCUCCCCGUUCAAUGCUUGCGGACCAGCAAGGGCAAAUCUACCACCCAGCUUACAUCCCACGUAUCUACAGAAAUCCAUCAUCCACCAUCCCUGGAUCGACCUAUGUGCCGUUUCCUCGGUGCGGGACGCUCUGCUGCGCAAUCUGCAUCUCUACUCUGAGGAUGAACUUUGCGAUGAUCUCUUUGGCAAAUCCAGUGAUUCGACCGAGUCGACCGGACUCUUAAUCUGGGGUGAAGCAUGGGAUGCGUCCGCUUAUGAGAUAUCCGAAAGAAUGUUUCGGAAAUGGAGGUGGUUAUGGAGGGAAUGUCCUGAGGUGAUUUGGUCUACGAAUUACUGGAGGUUGCAGCGAGGAGAGGAGACACUUGUCAUCUCUGAUUGA